AUGGUGAACCCGACCCGAAAGGAUUGGUCAAGGAAAUUGAAUGAUGCUUUGUGGGCUUACCGCAUGGCUUAUAAGACUCCAAUAGGCAUACCUCCUUAUAAACUUAUUUAUAGGAAGCUUUGCCAUCUUUCGGUUGAGCUAGAACAUAAGGCUCUGUGGGCAAUCAAGAAGCUUAACCUUGACCUUGAUAAGGCUGGUAAAAACCGCUUGCUUCAAUUAAAUGAGUUAGAGGAAUUGAGAAAUGAUGCCUUUGAUAAUGCAAAAAUCUAUAAGGCAAUGACUAAAGCUUUUCAUGAUAAGCGCAUUAUAAAGAAGUCCUUUGAGCCAGGAAAAAAGGCAUAG